CACAAAUCGAUAUUUUUCACGUUUCCACUCGCUCUAACACAGGCCAGAAAUAUCUCUUUAUCCUUGUCGGGUUUAGCGAGGCACGAGGAAAGCUAUGAUACACGGACCGUUCCAAGAUAUUUUUACAUCUCUCGCAACUCCUCAUUAACGCCGUACGAUAUCUAGUAUAGUUGUAAUUUUAAAAUUAAAAUCGCAUCGGCCGCGAUGUACGCGAAGUGUACACUCGUCGGUUAUAACAACAUAAACUGAGAAAGUGGCCAAUUUGCAAAGUGCGUGAGUGCGUGAAUACGUGUAAGAAAAACCGAUAAUCCAACGGUAUGUUGUGCAAAAAUCAUUUUCUAAAUUAUUAAAGAAGUCAUUUAAAAAAACACAAAGUAAUUGCACAGUGGGUUUCUUUUUUGCCAAAAAUUAAUUGAAAGGCGACGUCAUUUCGAUUUACAGUCGUAUCCAAGUUAAAAACGUAGUAAUUGCGGUAUUUUGAGAAACAUAAUCGAAAACAUAUUCAAAAUAUUGAAGAAUAGAUGAGAUCAGAAAGAAAUAUUUUGGCAUUUUUAAAUCAAGAGAAGUUGUGCCGCAUCCACCCCGGCUUUCGUAAUCAAGUCUACUAUCAGAGUUUGCAAAAAGGGAAUGGACAAAAAAUGUUUUCGCUUUAACCGCAACAAUAUCAAUCAAUUUGCGAUUGGAGACAAUCCAAUUCGUUAAAUUAUAUUUAGAAAUCUAAUCCUCAGACUUUAAUUGCGAAAAAGACUUCUGACGUUCAGCGACCCGGGCAAAUCGAUAUUAUUUUUCGUCUUGCAAAUUAUAAACAGACAGCAUUAAAAUGUUGUUUUCAGUAUCUAAACCGAAAUCACAUUUUCUCCUUUAACCAUUCGAUAGUGUAGAAGAGUCCACGAACGAUAUGGCUUUGAACGUUACAAGGACUUGUUUGGUGUUGUUCGUUAUAAUAUUGCAUGCUGGCGAACUAAUAGAAAGUCAAGAAAUCGAAUAUAACGGUUUAAUUUUCGCAAACGAUCGCUUUAAAAGAGAAUCCAAAAAUCCACAAGGAAACCGGAAGAGUUUGGACGGCAUAGCUGGCAUUCGUAAUAAAAUAAAUUUGGAAAAAUUGAACGAAGCCAAGAAGAAAGCUGCCCAAGAUUUGAUGCAUGCCGAUGCCAAUCCCCGCAUGGGGCCAAAUGAUACGGCCAUAAAUUAUCAAUACGGGGAAAAGUACAGAUUGCUCCAGGAUCGGAUCGUCCAGAACCGUAUGCAAACUUUAAGGAAAAUGAUAAACAGCGUUCCCCAAACCGACUGCAACUUUGAAACGCCUUGCCUAUGGAAAUGGGCUGACAAUGGGCAGCAAGGAUUUUACGUAACCUCGGCCAAAGACCUAGACAAUAGUAGCGUAUCAUUGCAGACAGAUGCUAACAACAAAGUAACAGGUCACUUCUUGUUUCUAAACGUAAACCCCAAUGCUAAACCGCUUCAUAUAACCAGUCCUGUGUUCACCCCAAGUGGAGACACGUGUAAAGUUCAAUUAUGGAUUUAUCAAGAAUUAAUGACUGGUGGAGUUAUCCGUAUUGUCGCUGAAAAUGCCAACAAAACUCAAUGGGUUGUGGAACAAAUCCCAGGAGAUGAUAGCAGGAGGUGGGUAAAACAUGACUAUGCAGUGGGUGAGAUAUCGUCAGGCUUCAACAUCAUCAUCGAGGUGGUACCUCCGCCUGUAGAUUUUCCGAAGGGGGCUAUCGUUGCAUUAGAUAACAUAAAAGUCAUGCAAUGUUUCCCGGAAACGGAUGCUAUCAACUCGUGUACACCAUUUCAAUACCAAUGCUACAAGACCAAUGUUUGCAUCAACCACACAAGAAUAUGCGACAUAACGGAGGAUUGUGAAAGUGGAGAUGACGAAUCACAAAAUUGCGAUAAAGUACCAUACGGUGCUCGUUGUGACUUUGAAGCCGAUUGGUGUGGGUGGAUGAACGUUGGUGCAAAAGAAAUUGCGUGGAAAAGGCAUAAUGGAACCACCCCUUCAAAUAAAACGGGCCCUAACAAAGACCACACAUAUAUGAACAGCACAGGAAAAUACAUGUACGUGAAUAUGGGAGUGGAUAAGGCUAAAUUUGCCACAAUAGCGACCCUACAAAGCACUAUAUUUAACCCUCCACCAAGAGCCCAUUUAAAUGUUUCAUCAAAUUAUUAUAAAUCAUGUAUGAUUCGUUUCUAUCUUCACCAAUAUGGAAGUCACAAAAGUGGAAUAGAUUUGAGCGUCGUCGAGAUAAAGCCUAAAGAGAAUGUAUCUACGCAACUGUUUUGGAGUUACAACAAUUAUGGGGACAUUUGGGUUCGGAAAUUAUUCGUUUUACCAAAUAUAACUCACAGAUACUUUCUAAAAUUCGAGGCUAAAAGGGGAAUAAGAUAUUUGGGCGAUAUUGCUAUAGAUGAUUUCACCAUGAGUCCAGAAUGUUUUGGUUUAAAUAUUCCCACCGAAGAAUUGCAGGGUUACAAUUAUUGGAAUGCCGAAAUGGAAUAUCCGUCCGUCAAACCGCAUCCCGAUUUUGAAAAUGAAACUUAUUACGAAAUAACCACCUGUGGAGUCAGAGGAAGACACGGACCAACUUCAAGAAAUUGUAUAACGGCUUACAAUAACACCAAUACCUCUGUGACUGUUUUAAAUGACAAUACUUUUAAAGGGGUUCAAAAAUGGGUUGCCCCAUCUGAGGGAUACUACACUUUUAUAUUGGUUGGUGCCAGUGGAGGUAAAGGAAGUGGUGGUAUGGGUUCGUCGAGGGCCGCAAUGGUACGAACCGUAAUGGAACUGUACAAAGGUCAAGAGAUAUAUUUCCUUGUUGGCCAAGAAGGAUCAAAUGCGUGCUAUAAGAGCUUGGGACAUAUGGGGAACUCAUCGUGCAGCAAAUCGUACAACUUGGAUGGCCGAUCAAAAAAUUUAACAACUGCCAUACGAAUGAUCCAGAAAAUGGAGAUUCUCGAUGGUGGUGGAGGUGGUGGGGGAGGGACAUUCAUGUAUUAUCUAAACAAAAAUAAUCGACCAGUAGCACUUGCAGUGGCAGGUGGUGGGGGUGGUUUAGGACUAGGUGCAUUCGACGAUAAAGGUUGGCAACAUGGACAAGCAAUUAACAUGUCGAGACUUCCAGUUACAGGACAAAUGUAUGGACCAGGGUCCGCGGGAGCUGGAGGGGGUUGGGACAUGUUCUAUGGGGAAGUAGCUUAUGAUCACCAGAGACGGAUGGGACAAGCUUUUCUUCGAGGAGGAGUGGGGGGAGAGGCUUGCUAUAAUUCUUCCGACGGAAGUGGCGAUGGAGGUUUUGGAGGUGGGGGAGGAGGUUGUACAGCCGGUGGUGGAGGUGGAGGAUAUGCAGGGGGAAACGCUCGUGAGAAACACGGAGAGGGUGGUUUUUCUUUCAUUAAUUCUAAUCGAACGAUACUGAGUUUUUCCGAAGCCCGUUCUGGUUAUCAUGCAGGACCAGGUUCUGUAUUGAUUGUGCCUGCAAUCCCAGGAUGUGAAUGCGACUAUCGAUGUUUAGCAUUGGACUAUAGUAGGUCAAAAGUUACAUGCAUAUGUCCCACAAAUUGGAAGUUGGACUCAAAUGGAAAAAGUUGUUUACUAAUGGAUGAUGCCCCAACUCAGUACCCCACAUGGUUUGUUUCCAUUUUAAUAGUGUGUGUCAUAUGUUUGGCACUGGCCUUUGGAGUAGUCUUCUUCUUUUUAUAUAACCGUUACCAACAAAGAGCUGCAGGGAUUCUUAGACAAAAAAUUUUAUCAGGUCCGGAUCUCCAAUUAAACAGAUUGAGAGUUGCUUCGGAUAAUAUGAUGACAGAAUAUAACCCGAAUUAUUCAUUCGAUGGGGCAGUUUACACCCUCAAGGACCUCAAGGAUAUACCAAGAAAUCACCUCCGGCUCGUAAAAGCUUUAGGCCAAGGAGCUUUCGGAGAAGUUUACCAAGGCUUUUACCGUCAGAGGAUUGGAGACACCGUGGAGAUGCCGGUUGCAGUAAAGACGCUACCGGAAAUGUCGACUCAUCAAGCCGAAAUGGACUUUCUAAUGGAGGCACUGAUCAUGUCGAAAUUCAACCAUCCUAAUAUUGUACACUUUAUUGGUGUCUGUUUUGACAAACAUCCUCGUUACAUCGUUUUAGAAUUAUUAGCAGGCGGCGAUUUGAAAAACUUCCUACGAGAAUCUAGACCGAAACCGAAUCGAGGAAGUCCGCUAACAGUAAAAGAUUUAGUACUGAUCGCGAUAGAUGUCGCCAAGGGAUGCAAAUAUUUGGAAGACCAUCGGUUCAUUCAUAGGGACAUAGCUGCCCGAAAUUGUCUGCUAACCACAAAAGGUCCCGGAAGGGUCGUAAAGAUUGCAGAUUUUGGAAUGUCUAGAGAUAUUUAUAGAUCGGAUUACUAUAGAAAAGGUGGCAAAGCAAUGCUACCUAUUAAGUGGAUGCCCCCUGAGGCGUUUUUGGAUGGUAUUUUCACAAGUAAAACGGACGUUUGGUCUUAUGGUGUACUGUUAUGGGAAAUCAUGUCUAUGGGUUACAUGCCUUACACUGGCUGUCCCAAUAGAGAAGUAAUGCAACUCGUUACGAGUGGUGGGAGAUUGGAACCGCCUGCUAAUUGUCCAGGCCCCAUAUAUGGGAUUAUGACACAAUGUUGGCACCCAGCGCCAGAGCAGAGACCCACUUUCGGACUUAUAUUGGAAAGGUUAGGGUACUGCGCCCAGGACCCUGAAGUUAUGAAUGCCUCCUUACCAAUUUUUGAUAGACCUCCCUCGACUGAAAGAGACACCACGUUAAUGAGGCCCCAAAAUAGUGACGACAAUUGCUUACAGGUGCCUCAAACGGCUGAUUAUUUAAUCCCAAAUCAUACCAUAUCUGCUACUCAAAAUACGGGGGGUUCAACAACGUCCAUGGAUAAACUUCUUCCCGAAAAUUCCGACAAUUGGGAAACGUCUUUUGCUAUACCUCAUUCCAAAUCCACUCAACCACUUUUACAGGAAAGUGAACAAAACCAAGAUGAAAGUACAACUCCUUCGGUAAACAAAUUACUGUCGAUGGAUUCGAAAGAGAACGAACGCCUGUCACAAAAAAUGUCACAAAUACCAAACAACAUACUUAGUAACCAUAACAAUAACGUAAAACACGAACAAAGUUCGAUAUCUGCGGGCGUUUCAUUGGAUGCAUCGGCUUUAGCAAAACAGCAACCGCAGUCGUCAACUGUUCCGUCUCAAAAGACUUCAUAUGCCAAUGUGGACACGAUGGAGGCCGUGACGGAAAACGGGGUCAUACCGAACGGUUCCACAAAUUUUACCGCGCAAAAGAGCUAUUUCCGCUCGAUGGUACCAAACGAGUCCGUCAACUGUUGAAACAAUAAAAAAUAAGUCUCCCUCAAAAGCUCAUAAUACUUAUCCUAUUUAUAAUUACUAAUGAUGCUACAGUAAUUUCAAGUUUUAAAAUUGAACUCUUUUUGUACAUAACAUAAAUUAGAACAGUUUAAGGUAAGUUAAUAGGUUUUUACGUUUGCUACCAAGUCUUUUUGUAAAUCGUCGAUUUUAACAGAAUUUAGUAUAUCUUUUCGGCGUCACAAAAUUUUUUUACUAAAUUUCUGAUUAACAAGUGUGUAGAAUUGCUCAAGAGGAGACACCAACGUUUCAAGUUUUCCUUAAAAUAUGUCCACUAGUUUUUAUUUAAACAGAAUUAAAUUAAAAUAAAAUAAAGCAAUGAUAAUGUUUUACAAAAAAAUUGACUACGUUUUAAUACCAGGUGGACGGGUCAUAUAAAUGGAGAGGCCACUAUUAAGGGAAUACAAAAGGAGUUUUAAUGCACUAAAAUUUUAUAUCUAAAAACCUAACCUAACCUAGUCUGAUCAAAUCAAUUUAAAUGCGUGGAAAUGUCACAUAUAUCUGACAUUUUGCAUGUAGUAAGACAUAACCUAAUCUAACUUAACUUACCCAACCUAAAAUACAUUAUUCCGAAAUAUAUCAAAAAACUGAAAGAAAAAUUUUAUUCGAAAUUUCCUGUUACAAUUUCGCGCGCGGAAACAAUGAAAAUUCAAUGGUGCACCUUUUCCACCUGUCAUUAUUGUCUUGAAAUUAAAUAUUAAAUUCAAACAUAAGUAUUAAAAAUACGUUCAACCUGGCAAUCAUUGUAAUUAAUUAAUGAAAAAAUUAAUCAAGUUGAUUUGACCUAUAUAUUAAGAGAUAAAGUCACACCUUGGGCGCCAAAAGAAUUAUUUAUGUAUGGUUUUUCAGGGAAAAAGAAAUUGUGUGCAUAGUUCGUCAUUUUGACUACUAAAAUCAACGAUUUACAAAUUUUACAAAAUACAGUAAGUAGUUUGUCUGUUUUUUAUUGUAUAAUUUUUAAAAAUGUUGCAGUAGUUACCUAUUCAAUUAAGUAAUUAGCCGCAAAGGACAAUAUAAGGGAUAAUUGUUAUAAUUACAUGCGCUUUUCACUAUUUUCAAUACAUAAAUAUACUAAUUAUGUAUAUCGAAUUAUAUUUGAAAUAUAAAAGACAUGAAUCAAGUAAGCGUGAAAAUUGUUUGCUAUUUGUACUGAUUUUAACUAAAAGAAGUAAGGACUAUAUUGCUGCUCAAGUUUAUUUUCAAUAUGAAUAACAGUACAAUUGCAUGCGCAUUGCGCAUUUACGAUAAACAACAAAAUAAAUUAUCUUCAAUUCUAUGCGAGACUGUUUGUACUUGUACAGUAUGUACAUGUGGAGCGGAAGUAAUUAGGUAUAUAAAAUUAUCUUAUUUUUAUCGUAUAAGUAGUUAUAUAGUUAAGAAUUAGAAAUUGGCACAUUUUUCCAUUCGCAUAACUAAAUGGAUUUGAAGGAAAAUAUUUUCAGUUUUACCAUUUAAAAACAAAAGACAAACGUGGAAUAAAAAAGUUUACGAUUUUUUUAUUUGUACUUUUUCAAUAGCUGCAUCUAUAGGGUAAUUUUCGAAAAAUUAUAAUCAGUACAAAAUUUAAUUUCCAGAAUAUAACUAUUAGAAUUAAA